AUGUCUUCCAGGUUCGAAGAUAUUAGAAUUAAAAUCCAAAAUUUUGGAGAUCUUGAAUAUCUACGUGCUGGAAAUACUGCCUCUGGAGAAGGCAGGUGCUACUGCUUGUUGUCUGAAGAUCAUUUGGCCCAUCGAGUUAUUGAAGAAGAUAAUAUCGUGGGUUUCGAUGACCAUGUUGAACGCAUUCGUGAUCAGUUUCUAUCCGGAGAACCCAGGCUUUCCACAAUUUCUAUAUUAGGCGCACCUGGUUCAGGUAAAACUGUUCUUGCUAAGCAGCAGAAACGGUUCGUUGUUGUUCUGGACGAUAUAUGGAGAACACAAGAUUGGGAACUGAUCGUAAAUGAAUUACAGAUUGGUUCCAGUGGAAGUACAGUAAUGGUCACUUCUCGCAACAGCGAUGUUGGCGCCUCUUGCGUCGGAUACCCCAAAUAUGUCCACAAACUGAAUGGUUUACCAUGGAAGAAAGCAUUAAGCCUAUUCUGUGAGAAGGCUUCCCGUAACUGCAAUGGGAUUUGCCCCCUGGAGUUGGAGGAUUGGUCCGAGAAAAUAAUUAAGAAGUGUGAAGGGCUUCCCUUACCAGUAAUAGCAGCUGGCAACCUUCUAUCAAAGAAGCGGCAAAUUCCGUAUGGAUGGAAGAAAUUGCACGACUGCCUCGGAGCCAAUCUUCCUUGGCAAAGAUUGAUUCGCCUAUGCAUAGCUGAAGGGUUUGUGAAGGAAGCGAGGAAUGUGACUCUGGAGGAAAUCGCAGAGCACUUCCUUAAUGAGCUCGUUCGGAGGAAUCUGGUUCAUGUGACAGUGAGGGAAAUCGAUGGAUGGGUGAGAAGGUGCCAUGUUCUGAAUCUUGUUCAUGAAUUCAUCAUUGCCAAGGCUGAGGAAGAGAACUUUGUUGGAUCUGCAUCAGAAAGAAGCUCAUCAUCACAGGGAAGAAUCCGGCACCUAUCUGCUAAAACAAAUAUCGACACAAAUGUUGAACUUGGCGAAACAUUAGGUCACAUUCGAUAUGACGUGAAGAAUUACAUGACUUUUGAUGGUGCAAAGGGCAUCGAGAUGCUCAGUGGAAGAGGGGCCUUAUCAAAUCAAACCCGGUUUCGAGUUCUUCAACACCUUUACUUGAAAGGGCAACUGCAAAAGUUACCCAAGUGGGUUUCUUCACUGCAGAGUCUCAUCAAAGUCGGCUUAAAGUGGUCGAGAUUAAGGAUCAACCCGCUCCAAACUCUUCAGGACUUGCCUAAUCUGAUGGAGCUCAAUAUGGUCGAUGCUUUUAAGGGGGCAAACACUGGAAUUCGAGGCGAACACGUUCAGGAAGUUGAAGAUACUUCAGAUUGA